UGAAAUAUACUUAACAUCAUUUGCAGAAGCACUACACUAAAUUACAUUUAUGCUAGAGUUAAAGGAGAGGAGAACUCUGAUAUUUGAACAGGUUCUGCACAAAACUGAUCUGACCGGUCACUCCAACCGGUCUGACCGAUUGCCUAUUGUGCGUUGCGGUUAAGUCGUGGAUCGGUCUGAUCGGUCUUCCUGACCGGUCGGUGUACUGACUUGUGUUUAAGUGCUGUAAUUUGCAGGAUUUUUAGAAACACCUAUUCACCCCCUCUCUAGGCGACAUCCAAAAUCCUUUUAGAGCUCCAAUCCGAGAUUGAGGUAUUUAAUGAAACUGGAGUAUUUCAGUUUUGCGUGGCAUGUGUACGCAUCCUACUACCUCUAUUAACUAAGCUUCUAACCAUCAAAAGUUAAAAUAAUAUAGCUAGAGAUUAGAGCCUUGCAUUAGCUAGCAAGCUACUAUGUUGCACAAGCUAAAAUAUGUGCAAAAUAAUACCCACUCUAUUCCCUUUUGAUAGUUCUGUUUCAUCUUAGUACAUGAUCAAGAAGAAGAACCUCGCUUAUUAUCUCAUUAAUCACGACUUCUCAUUUCCGAUGUUAUUGUAUAUGUACAUUAAUCUUUCUUGGAGAGAAAUUUCUCUACACGGAAUCGAACAGCUAUCUGUACUAUCUCAAGAUGUCAAACUAUCUCAAGAUGUCAACUCAAAUGGGACUAUCAAAAGAGAAUAACUCAAUUUUGGAAGUAGGACUAUUAAAAAAAUAGAGAGAAUAAAGUUAAAUAUCUAGAAAUACUUCUUUUCCUAUUUAUUUAUAAUUAAAUGCGUCUUUCAGGUCUGUCAGGUCAAUCUCAAUGUAUAGUUUCAUUGCAAUAUUACAAAGAAUGUGAACUUGGUAACUGAAUGUGAUGAGUAUUAUGGGGAUGAAACUUCUCUCACAUUCUAUAAAACUUUUUUUCUCUCUUCUCGUAAUGAUCCUGCCAUAGCAACAAAUUUGCUGAUGUAGUAUAAUAUGUAAUGUCCAUAAAAUUUGUACAAAGACUAGUCUUAUAGUCUCUCCAUCCCAAAUUAUUAGUCGUUUUGGCUUUUCUAAAUUUUUAGACUUUACUACACAUCUACAUAUGUAUUAUGUCUAGGUGCAUAACAAAAUCUAUAAAUCUAAAAACCAAAAUGAUUAAUAAUUUGGGACGGAGAAAAUAUGCGUGACUUGUUAACUAUUAUCAUUAAUACCGCUAUUGUAAAGUGUUAUGUCGUGGUCUAAUCUCGAGCUCAAGUUGGCUCGGUCCCUCGAGCUCGGUUCAUUGACAACUCUGCUGCUAAGGGUCCAGCCGCUCAGGGCCUCAUGUUCAUCAUCUCCCUCCGUUAAGAAGUUCUUUAUCUGUAUACUUUUAUUUAUAUAAAGUGAUCUUAAUCUUCAUACCCGUAAAAUAUUGACUCACACUUGUAUGCCCUCGUCUUAAGCUUUCUUUACUCCUAUAUCUUUCUAUCCAUAUUUCUGUUAAAAGUUAAAGGUAGAGAAAUUCUGAAAGUUGGGACAUACCAAUGAAAAUUACCAUUUUGCCCUUAUCCAUCCAUUACUGACUGCUCCUUCCUUUCUCUUCUCCCGCGACGCACAUAAGGCAGUCUGCUUCCUCCUCCCGUAACCUAGCAGAGGGGCGCCCCUGCCGCCACCGUCCGGCGCCGCCGCCGGCCAGCAUCUUCAGCGGCGCAGGGAUCCGCGCCUGGGUCACCUUUCCCAUCUCUCUCUCGGACACAAGGACUCUUUCCUCCCUUCCUUCCCUGGCGGCGACGACUGGGCGAGCGGCGGCGCUAUUUGUCCUGCCUUCGCCCAGCCCUUUGCCGGCGACGAGCGUAUCCUCCAGGUCAAUGUUUUUGCAGCUAGAGGAAAAAUUUACCUUGUUGCUAUCAAGUUAUCUGUGAGUUUUCUAUGAUUCAAGGAAACAUAUAUUCUUCAGCUAGUGGGUGUGCUCAUUAAUGGAAGAAGACCAGAUUUUAGUUCAGCCAGAGCAGAACCUUGUACCUAGCGGGCACACCCUUGUCAUUGGUCAAGAGUUUGCAGAUGUCGACACAUGCCGGAGGGCUGUCAAGGACAUGGCCAUUGCUUUGCACUAUGAGCUCCGUGUUGUGAAAUCUGAUCGUAGCCGAUUUAUCGCCAAGUGCUCAAAAGAAGGCUGCCCAUGGCGUGUGCACAUCGCUAAGUGCCCUGGUGUUCCGACUUUCACUGUCCGGACUUUGCAUGGGGAGCACACAUGUGAGGUUGUUCGGGAUCUGCAUCAUCAGCAGGCUACCGUUGGUUGGGUGGCUAGGUCUGUUGAGGCAAGGCUAAGGGAUAACCCACAAAUUAAGCCAAAGGAGAUAUUGCAGGACAUUCGGGAGCAGCAUGGGGUUGCUGUAUCUUAUAUGCAGGCAUGGCGUGGAAAAGAGAGAAGUAUGGCUGCCGUUAACGGUACACUUGAGGAUGGUUACCGCCUUCUUCCUGCAUAUUGUGAGCAGAUUGGAAAGACAAAUCCUGGAAGCGUCGCAACAUAUAGAGGGACCGGACCUGGGAAUGCCUUCCAGCGUCUGUUUGUCUCAUUUCGUUCAUCCAUUUAUGGUUUCCUGAAUGGUUGCAGGCCCCUUCUGGAAAUUGACAAGGCUGACCUAAAGGGGAAGUAUCUUGGGACGCUGCUAUGUGCUUCAGCUGUUGAUGCUGAUCACAUGAUGUUCCCUCUUGCAUUUGGUGUUGUUGAUUCUGAGAGUGAUGACAACUGGAGGUGGUUUGUAUCAGAAUUGAGGAAGAUGCUUGGAGUUAACACAGAUAAGAUGCCCGUCCUGACAAUACUAUCUGAGAGGAAACAGCAAGUGGUUAAAGCUGUUGAAGAUAACUUCCCUACUGCUUUCCAUGGAUUUUGCUUGAGAUAUGUGAGUGAGAAUUUUCGUGAUGAGUUCAAGAAUCCUAAACUUCUUAACCUUUUCUGGAGUGCUUUUUACAGUCUAACGGCAGCAGAAUUUGACGCCAAGGUAAAUGAAAUGAUGCAAGUCCAAGAUGUCAUGCCAUGGCUACAGCGUUUUCCACCAAACCUGUGGGCAGUUGCUUUCUUUGAGGGUAUUCGAUAUGGCCAUUUUAGUCUUGGAAUAACUGAGAUAUUAUACAAUUUAUCCCUUGAAUGUCAUGAGCUUCCCAUUGUGCAAACCAUCGAGCACAUCAGGCACCAACUGACCUGCUGGUUUGCUGAACGUCAGAACUUGGCACAAUCAUACAAUUCGGUUCUUGUUCCUUCAGCUGAGAAACUUAUUUCAGAAGCCAUUGCUGACUCACGAUGUUAUCAAGUCCUUCGAGCAAACAAGGUGGAGUUUGAGAUUGUGUCAUCGGAGCGAACAAACAUUCUGGACACUCAAGCUAGGUUUUGCUCAUGCCGUCGAUGGCAAAUUUACGGCAUUCCAUGUGCACAUGCUGCUGCUGCACUGCUUUCCUGUGGUGAAGAUCCCCGCCACUAUGCUCAUGACUGCUUCAGUGUGAUGAAGUACCGGGAAACCUACUCCCAGCCGAUCUAUCCAAUUCCAGACAGGAGCCUCUGGAACAGUUCGUCUUCAGGGUUACAGGGUGUACUUAACAAAGCAGAUAUGAUGCUUAGCCCGCCCAAUAUCCGGAGGCCUCCUGGCCGUCCAAAGAUGAGGAUACUUAAGAUAGAGAGCCUGAAACGGCCAAAACGGAUUGUUCAGUGUGGUCGAUGUCAUCUUCUUGGGCAUUCACAAAAGAAGUGCUCAUUGCGAAGUUGAUACUUAUCCAUUCAUGUACAUUGAACUUUGUUUUAUUGGCAAAAUUGGGAAGUUUAUGCUUGUUUGUGUCUGUCUGUAUUCCUAUGUUGUGCUGUUAGUCCAACCAGUUUCCUUAAGCAAAUACUUCUAAAUAGCUUAUGUCUGUGCAUAUAAGAGCAUCUCCAAGAGACUCUAUAUCUUUCCUAGUUUAUAGAAAUAGAGAUUUCAGUGAA